AUGACACGAGCGUUAGAAGAAUUUGCUGCUGAGAUAAGCAAUGCUGAAUGGAUAGAUGAAAGUACUCGAGAGAAAUUGUUGUUGAAACUUAAAUCGCUCGUGCUGUUGAUGGCUCAUCCUGAUGAUGGUUUUGACGAAGAUGUACUCAAAGCUUUUUAUGAUGAUAUAAAAUUCGAUAAAAACCAAUACUGA